AUGGCAGACUUCUUCAUCGAGGUUGGCAACCGGCGCCGGGGAGGGCGGUCUGUUGCGGCCAAGCUGAAGGAUCCCCGGAAGCGGAAGCGUGAGGGCGAGGGCUCGGGUGAGGCCCACGAGGCUGUGGAGUCUCUUUCGGGUGACGAGGAGGGCGGUGGGCGAGGCGGCGACGAGGCCGAGCUGAGCUACUCGGACGACCUGGAGAAGCUAGAGACGCCGGCCCAGAAGCGGGCCCGGCUCGCCCGGCAGUACAUCGAAGCCAUGGCCGGGUCCGACGACGACGACGGGAGCGGAAGCGGGAGCGGCGACGAUGGGAGCGGAAGCAGAGGCGGGCGCCGCCACGAGGCUGUGGGCGACAAGCUGUAUGAAGCCGCGCUCCGGGCCUCGCAUCGGUACCGCCAGGAGGUGGCUGACACGCUUGGCUCCGGUGGCCUGCCCGAUGGCCGCGCCGUCUCGGCCUCGCACGGCAAGCACCGCCUGCCGGUCACCGCCGUCGCUGUGGCCGCCGACGAGAGCGUGGUGUACUCGGGCUCCAAAGACGGGGCCAUUGUGGCCUGGGAUCUCGAGUCGGACACCAAGUGGGUGGCGGUGCCUGCGGCCCGGGCGCCACCCAAGGGCCGCAGCCUCGCGCCGCCGACUGAGCUCGGCGACGGGCACGCUGGCGCGGUGCUCGCGCUUGCCGUGGCGGACAAUCCGGCGGUGCUGGCGUCGACGGGGGAGGACGGAACGAUCCGGAUCUGGGACACGCGGGCGCCGCCGCGAACGCUGCUGCCUGCGCUCUCCAACGCGCCGCGGGCACACAAGGGCCCUGUGUAUGGCCUCGCCUUCCGCCAUGCGACAGACCAGCUGUUUUCCGGCGGCGUCGACCGUGUGGUCAAGGUCUGGGCCGGGAGCGAGGCAGCGUUUGUCGAGUCGCUCUUUGGGCACGAGGCCGCUGUUCACGACAUGGACUCGCUCGUCCGUGAGCGGGCCAUCUCGGGCUCUGCCGACGGCUCGAUCCGAGUGUGGAAGGUGCUCGAGCAGUCGCAGCUUCUCUUCCGUGCACCCGGCGGUGGCUCGCCGGUCGAGCGCGUCUCGCUCAUCAACGAGAACAACUUUGCAGUGGCCACGGUCGACGGCUCGCUCUCGCUGUUCUCCGUCCACAAGCGACGGGCGCUGACGGUGGUGAAGCAUGCGCACGGCGCGCCGCCGUGCAGCCAGCUUCCCGAGUCGCCGCUUCUCCCGCCGGGCGAGGUGACGCAGCGGUCGACGUGCAACUGGGCGACUGCGCUCGAGUCGGCCAAGUUUACCGAUGUCAUCGCCUCGGGCUCGGCCACGGGGACGAUCAAGUUCUGGAAGGUCGGCAACCACUGCAAGUCGCUGACGCCUGUUGCCGAGGUUGACACGCCCGGCUUUGUCAACGACCUCGCAUGGGCCAGGUCGGGCAAGUUUGUCGUCGCCGCUGUGGGACGCGAGCACCGCCUCGGCCGCUGGUGGCGCCUGCCCGGCGGCGAGGGCGGCGCGCGCAACCGCGUCUCGCUCAUCCGCGUCGGCAUCGACCUCGACGCCGUCACGGUCGGCGAGGAGGAGCCCCUGAACUAAACGUACGCGUACUCGU